CUCCUCUCGUCUUCGAGACACCACAAAUCGCCCUCCCUCUCUCUUUCUCUGCAAUGGCGUCUCUUCAGCAAACCAUGCUCUCUCUGCAGUCCAAACUUCCUCCAUCAUCUUUCCACAUCGGGGGAUCUCUUCCCAUGCGAAAGACAGCCUUACCGCUCCGAACCAGAGGCGGAAACGCCGCGGGAGCGAGAAUGUCAGCCACGGCGGCGGGAAGCUACGCGAUGGCUCUCGCGGACGUGGCGAAGAGGAACGACACACUCGAACUGACGAGCGCAGACGUCGAGAAGCUCGAGAAGGUCUUCUCCGAUCCGCAGGUGCUCAACUUCUUCGCGAAUCCAACCGUCGAGCUCGAGAAGAAGCGUCUCGUGAUCGACGAGAUCGUGAAAUCGUCCGCUCUCCAGAGCCACACCUCCAACUUCCUCAACAUCCUUGUCGACGCGAAUCGUAUCAACAUAGUGAGGGACAUCGUGAAGGAGUUCGAGAUGGUGUACAACAAGAUAACGGACACGCAGCUGGCGGAGGUUAGAUCGGUGGUGAAGCUGGAGCCGCCGCAGCUUGCUCAGAUCGCCAAACAGGUUCAGAAGCUGACCGGGGCGAAGAACGUGAGGGUGAAGACGGUGCUUGAUCCGAGCCUCGUCGCUGGGUUUACGAUUAGGUACGGUGAUUCUGGGUCGAAGCUUAUUGAUAUGAGUGUGAAGAAGCAGCUUGAGGAUAUCGCUGCUCAGCUAGAACUCGGCGAGAUUCAGUUAGCUGCAUGAGAAAAUUGUAUUGACAACCGCUUCUUUUUUACUUGUGCAAGUUAAUUCUUUCUCUCUUCUUUUCUCCAUCAAUCAUCUACAUAUAAUAUACUUAUAUAUAAAUAAUUCUCGAGUUAUUUUCAAUUAUUUCUGAAAUGUAGUGAAACUGUGUGUUCGACUCAUGAUGAAUCAUGAUUACAAUGUUCCAGCU